AUGGCCGACAGCGAUGGCCACGACAAUGAGCUAGUGGUCGUACCAGGCGGCAGCCUCGCCGCGCCCUACGUCGCGCAGUCCAAAAAGCGCAAGCGCACGGCGAUAUACGAGAACGAGCCCGGGCUGCACGCCUUCGCGCGCGCGUGCUUCGGCCGGUUGCCCGCCUCCCUGCCGCGGAUUGCGCUCCCAGCGCCUCUCGACGCGCGCACGGCCGCCGGCGAAGCCGUCGCGGUGGCGGUCGCGCGCGGAGGCGAUUCCCGAGACCCGCUCCGGCCGGUCCACGAGACGUACACGUUGGAUGAGGUCGUCGACCGGGUGCUUCAGGGGCCGUCGGCGCGCUUCGACGUCGAGGCGGUCGGCGCGUGCGCGCUCCCGCCCGGCGGUGCGACGCUGCUCGCCGACGUCUCGCGCUGGGCGGCGCUGCUCCCGCGAACACGCGAGUACACGUGCAUCGUCGCGGACCCGCCCUGGCCGUCGCGGUCGGCGGCGCGGCGCGGGGCCUACGACACGGCGCGCGACGCGUGGCGCGCACCCCUUCGGAAGUUGCCAGUUGGACGGCUCGCCGCAUCGUCCGGCGCGGUCGUCGCGGUCUGGGUCACGAACGACCGCAAGGUCGCCGACUGGGUCGCGAAGACGCUCUUCCGCGCCUGGGGCGUGCGGCACGUCGGCACGUGGUACUGGCUCAAGUGCGCGUCGGACGGGUCCCCCGUGCUGCCGCUGGACGAGCACGCGGAACGCAAGCCCUGGGAGCCCCUCGUCGUCGGCGUCGUCAACGCCGCCGGCGCCGUCGACGGCGACGCCUGGGCCCCGCUCGGCGCCUCGUGGCUCCGCCGCGUGCCGGUCCGGCGCGCCGUCGCGAGUGUCCCCGGACCGCAUUCGGCGAAGCCUCGCCUCGACGCGGCGCUCGCGCCGUGCUUCCGCGCGGGCGCGCCGCCGUUCCGGGGCCUCGAGCUCUUCGGGCGAGGCGCGUUCGAGUCCUGGACGGUCGCGGGGGACCAGGCGCUGCCGCUCGCCGCGUAA